AUGGACUCUUGCAUAGUGUUGAUAAUUGUCCAUUUAAGGAAAUUGCUAAACAGUUGUGCAUGGAACACCACCUGCUCUUCUCCAAAAUGGUAUGGCGUUGUUCUCUCCAAGUGUUCAGGAAAGCAACGGUUGCUGUACAGUUUGCUGGAUGCUAUGCAAUCUGUAACAUCACAAGCUGUUGUCAUUGGUAUUAGUUCUCGAACUGACGCUGACCAACUUCUGGAGAAAAGGGUGAGAUCUCGCUUUUCACACAGAAAAAUAUUGUUUCUUCCCCCAUCUAAAGAAGAAGUUGACAGCAAAGCACUUUCUUCCAAUGAACUUGGUUUAUUAAUUGGCUCUUCUUUCCAGUUUAUUGCAGACUCAAGCUUCCCCAGUGGAUAUGUUUCUCAGUUCAGUGAAAAGAUUAAGAGUAAAACAUCAGACACGAGAUUUAAAGACAUGCUGAGCACCCUUUUAAAUGCCAAUUCUACUGUCAACAGCGAUCUCUUAAUGUUAGAUUCCGCGCUGUUUCCUCAAUCAAUGGAAUCUGGCCUCCUCUCUCUUGAGCUUUAUCUUCUAGUAUGCAUGAGAAGGUUAGAAGUGAAAGAGCAGAACUCACACAACUUCAUCGGUGUGAUGAAGAGGUUUACUGCAUUUGAGCACCUGAGAGAACGAGAAGUUAUAUGCUACACAGAGAGUAGAGGACAGUAUCAGACAGGUGAGUACCGUCCCAUGAAGGUUUUAAUAUCAGCCUUUGAGCUUCAUCAGGGAAUGAGAUCUCAUGCGUGUUGCCCCGCCAUUCUUCUCAAGUUAUUGGAGCAUUGA